UCCUCCCGGAAGUGACGGGCGAAAGCCGGCUCAGAGCUCUGGAGGUAGAGGUGACCGAUCCUGGGGGUCGGUGUUAGGCCGUGGGAGGUUUUUCGCGAGACUGAGCCACGCGUCUAUCUUCUGUCCCAGGGCCGCCGUCACCAUGGGCCGCGAGUUUGGGAACCUGGCGCGGAUACGGCACGUGAUCUCCUACAGCUUGUCGCCCUUUGAGCAGCGCGCCUUCCCAAGCUAUUUCAGCAAAGGCAUCCCCAACGUGCUGCGCCGCACUCGCGAGCGCAUCCUGCGCGUGGCGCCGCCGUUUGUAGUGGUCUACCUGAUCUACACAUGGGGCAACCAGGAGUUUGAGCAGUCGAAAAGGAAGAAUCCAGCCAUGUAUGAAAAUGACAAGUAGACGGCCUGCACCUGGGUGACAGUCCCCUGCCUCUGAAAGACCCUUCUCUGGGAGAGGAAUCCACACUGUAGUCUUGAAGACAAUAAACUACUUAUGGACUUCCCUUUGUGACUUUGUGUGCUUAGUUUGAGACAAGGUCUCACUGUGUGUCCCUGACUGGCCUGCGUCUCCUGAGAAAUCUGCCUGCCUCUGCCUGCUAUGUCAUGGCGAUCACCACCAUGCCCAGCACAACGUUGUUUUGGCAAUAUGCAAGUUCAUGACAAUCCCUUUCUCAGCACAAGCCCUGCAGGGGCUGUGGUAGCUAUGCAUAGCGUGGAACCUGGAGUGCAGGGUCCCAACCCUCUGCUCCCAUCACAUCCUUAAGGUCUAGGGACAACACUGUAAUCAGGGUGUCAGGUGGACUUGCUAGACACAGAUGAACUUUUAACUCGGCAGCCUUUGAAGUAAGCAUUCUAAUCCCUUUGCUGAUGAGGAAUCAGAGUUUAAGUACUUUGCCCAGAAUCAUAUGACUGAGUUGGUAGAGCCAGGUACCAGUGUGUGAUCUUAAAAGCAAGCCAUGCUGCCUUCCUUAGGUAGGGAAGGCCUUCCUUAGCCUAAGGGAUUUCAUCUUUGAAAGGAAAGCAUGAGACAUUCCCUUGACUGCUACAGCCAAGGUCAGGCAACCAUGGUUGGUUAUCUGUCAUGUUGCCAAUCCAACAGUGGCUUUUAGUCAUAUGUGGACCACAGAGGCUGAAAAGAUCUAUCACUUUGUGGAAAAGAUAUACCACCUGCUCUAGAUAUACACCUUUGGGUGUCUUUAGUUUCUCCUCACCUAGAGAUGAUAGGGUGGGUGUGGUUGGCAAUCCUGAGCUGGCCCUGUCAUUUGGUUAAGGACUGUAGCAAUUUACAGUCCAGUCGGACUCUGAGACUUUUUUGCCUGAUGAUCGCUAGCUAGUACUAAAAGUUCUCAGAAGAGAGCAAAUGACUUCCAACAAUAGUUGCUUAGACUGUGAGGCAAAUGGGAAAUAGCUAUGUCUGACAGUCAUACACCCACACCCUUAGAACACUGGUUCUCAACCUCCCUAAUUCAAGCCUUUAAUACAGUUCUUCAUGUGGUGGUGACCCCAACCAUAAAAUUAUUUUGGUUGCUACUUC